AGUCUCUCGAUCGGGAUUGGCCAAAGCGGUCACAAGCCGAGGCGAAGUUAAAAAAAAAAAAAACAUUGAACGCGUCCCUGCCAUUCCGAGCAGCAGCGGCCGCGUCUUCGAGCUCCGAACAGCUAAAACAACAAUGAGUGAGUCACUGACAGUGUGCGAUGUGGACGAAGAUCUGGUCCAGAAGCUGAAGAAGUUUCGCCUCCGCAAGGAAACCAACAACGCGGCCAUCGUCAUGAAGAUCGACAAAGACAAACAGCUCGUGAUCCUGGAAGAAGAACACGAGGACAUUUCCCCGGACGACCUGAAAGACGAACUCCCGGAGAGGCAGCCGCGAUUUGUGGUGUACAGUUACAAAUACCAUCACGAUGACGGACGGGUGUCCUACCCUCUUUGCUUCAUCUUCUCCAGCCCCGUGGGUUGCAGGCCGGAGCAGCAGAUGAUGUACGCCGGCAGUAAAAACAAGCUGGUGCACACUGCUGAAAUGACCAAGGUGUUCGAGAUCCGGAACACGGAGGACCUGACUGAGGAAUGGCUGCGGGAGAAACUCAGCUUCUUCCGCUAAGGAACAACCCGGAAAAGUUCACCAGCGCUGUUCUCCUUUUGAACCCCCGAACCGAUUUAAAUAGCGUUUACUACUUCCCGUCUUGUUUUAGGCUUCUCGCUGGUUGAAAUGUUUUUUUUGUUUUUGUUUUUUUUUUUUUGGGGGGGGGGAGGUCAAGGGCGGGCGGGUUCCGGUAGCGCCGCCAACCAUCGGGUCCGAUUCCGCCGUCCCCCGUUUGUCGUCUUUGUGUGCCAGGCGGGUCUCCGUGUCGGAUCAGCACUCCCUUUGUGGACCAAACUCAUUUGCGCUUCCCGAGCGAUUCCCCGGGUUCCGGAGUUGGUGAAUUUAUACUUUUUAUUAUCGUUACUCUUAUUAGUUUUAGUUCUGGUCUUUCUUUGUCUUAGUUUUCAAGUACUGUUUUUUUUUUUUUUUUUGGGGGGGGUAACAAACAUUCUGCCAGAAUUUGAAAAUUGAGGUCGCGUUAAAAAUGGAUUUGAGGGCAUAUAAAUCGUCGUCAACGAUAAUAAGGCACAAAGGACUUCAGUAUGCUUCGGUUUCCAAAAGAGAGGGGCUUAAAUUAAUUUUUCAUAUUUAAAGAGGACAUAUUGUGCUUUUUUUUUAAAAAUAUAAAUCAGCUCCCAGGUAUUGUGACAUGACAUUUCUGUGUCACGCUUUUCAGCAAAUCGCUCGAAAGUGACGGAUCUUGGCCUAGCCUAUCUUACGUGUCAUGGGUAGUGGACCUGGGUGUGGGGGCGGGGUUAUGUCCAAAAGCUGCUCUGUGAUGUCACAAUCUGUCAAAAUGCCUAAAAGCUCGCUUAGGGACACAUUUAAAAAAAAAAAAAAAAAAAAAAAACUUAAAUGUACAAUUUCACACUUGAUGUGGUACAAUUUUGUAUACGUCAAUUUUCAUAAUAUGUCCCCUUUAAACGAGAUAUAGACAUUUAAGAGGACACUUAAUUGAUCCCGAAAGAAGCUGAUGGUGGUUGUCGUUUUUUGUGCCUUCGGUCGUUCAUCUCAAAACAUUCCAAACUGGACAAUUUACACGCAGAUUAUCUGCGGUUCUUUAUCGCGAUCGAUCACUAUUACUGGUAAUAUUUUUGAAUGAGUAUUGAUCAGUAGCCAUGUUGGUGCUUGUUGUGGGUGAAGUGAACGCAACACGUGCUUUGGAAAGGCACCGGUCUGGAAUGUUUCGUAAGGAAAAUUAAUCUGUCAUUUUCUGUAUUACUUUUUAACAGGGUGGGGAGUUUCUCUGAAUGUUCUGAACUCCUGUUUCAGGUUUAUAGGAUAUAGCGCGGUGGAUCAGCUGAAAGCGUCGGCCUCGCAGUUCUGAGGACUCGGGUUCAAUCCCAGUUCGCAUGUUCUCCCCGUGCCUUCGGCUUUUCUCCGGGUACUCCGGUUUCCUCCCACAUUCCCAAAAACAUGCAACAUUAAUUGGACACUCUAAAUUGCCCCUAGGUGGGAUUGUGAGUGCGGCUGUUUGUCUCCAUGUGCCCUGCGAUUGGCUGGCGACCAGUUCAGGGUGUACCCCGCCUCCUGCCCGUCGACAGCUGGGAUAGGCUCCAGCACUCCCCGCGACCCUCGUGAGGAUAAGCGGCAAAGAAAAUGGAUGGAUGGAUGGGAUAUUGCGCCACUUCCUUUAAUGAACCUGGUCAAGUAGUUGCAAGCCUCAGCUGAUUAUGCCAACUAUCGAAUUCGUAUGAAUUAUUUGUUUUUCCAUUGAUUAUUUCACCAUUUUGGUGUAUUGAAUGUGACAGAAGCAUUGAUGUUUGUGCCAGUUAUCUUUAAAAAAAAAAAAUGUAUAGAUGUGAUUGUCUUGAGUCCUUAAGUAUUCAAAUAUUGACAUAGUGAUGUAGAAAUUUAAAUAUAAAAGCAAAAGACGUGAAUUUCAAAUUUGGAGGGAGUGGCCCUUUAAACACAUUUAAAUAAAAUAUUUGAAAUGUUAGACGAUUUAAGAUCAGUGAAUUGACCGCACCGGUGUGUUCGGCGUGCAUGUCAGCAGGCAAUGGAAGCUAUGGGGGGGAGAUACAUUUUUGCUUUUUUGAAAAGAAAAGAUUAAAUUGAUGAAAAAAGAAAACGAUGAAAUCGAUUAAUCGCCAACAAUAACUGAAAGUACGGCCUUCGGCGCCGGAAUGGUUCCCACGGGAGUGUAGCGACUGGGGGGGAUGGGGGGAAAGGAUUGUACAGUAUUUUCGCUUGUCAAGACAGCACUUCUUCGCCAAGCCGCCAAAUUACAGAUGUCAAUCAAUAAAAUGGACUUCUAUCCAAUCGAUCGGCCAAUUUUCAACCGUGCAUUAUUAGUAUGCUGUGUAAAACGCAAUGUCUAUCAUCAAAUGGACUGUAAUUUUUAAUAGACCUGUGGAAAAAUAGGAAGAGCUUUUCUGGGCAGGAUGAGGAAUGUUUUUACGGUUUGUAAAUUUUGGCCAAUUACAAUCAUUGCAACACGCACAAUUUUUCAAAAUGAUGUUUCAUCUUCUCGGAACACUGGAACACAUUAAAUAAUGAGACUCUGAAGUUUGGAACAGGUUUUUAACUGCUGUAAUUUCAUUAUUCUGAUUUCUCUUCUUUUUUUUGGCCCAAUCAAAUCGGUGCAGCUUGCAUUAUAUAUUAUGUAUUAAAUUACUCUCCUUUUUUCUUUUUCUUUUUUUAAUGAAAAGUCCAAGACUUGAGUUAUAAGGUGAUUCAAAUAUGUUUACUCCCUACAAUAUUAAUGAUAAUGUAGAAUUGUUGUAUUCAUUCUGUCCUACUGUUUUCAUUUCCAAUUGGAAAAAAAAAUAUGACCGUAAAGGACAGUGAAACUUGAGAUAUAGUGCUGUAUUUGUAUUUUCCAUAUUGUACUUUAUUAUGAAAGUGUCUGUAGACUCCUGUUGUCCAAAUAAAAGUGUAAGUAAUGUUUA